AAGAAAGAUUCACACAAGAAGACUACCAUCCAACCAGUGCGAGAAGAUUUCCUUCGUUACCGAAAAUGGCGAAACCCCAGAAGAUUGCAGUGGUUUGUUUUAUGAUGGUUCUCGUUGUUCUGACGAUUGAGCUAAGCUUAGCACGGGCUGCCAUCCAUCGUCUGUUGGACUGUAGCCGAGGAAAGUAUGGCUGCUGUCCAGACGGUGUUACCUAUGCCUAUGGAAAUGGUAGCAACUCAGAAUGCUCAGCAUCGCUUUGCUACGAUAAAGUCAAGGAUUGCGCAACUCGUAAGAGCAAAGUUGGAUGUUAUGGAGAAGGGAUGCGUGACCUAUGCCCCAAGACAUGUAAACAUUGCAGAAGCAGUACUAGUCGAUACUGGAGAACUGGACCUUCAAAGGAUUGCGUCAAUAGCAAAUAUGGAUGCUGUUAUGAUGAUGUUAUUCCAGCUACCAAAAAAGAUAAAAGACCAGGAGUUGGAUGUCCUCGCUGUUACGACCUUUUGCCUCACACAUGCGGGCAAUUUGGAACACCCUCUGAUUGUCGUUCCAACGAUCCACGCCUUCGGCAAUUUCUCAAGAGUACUUGCUUCAAGAAAUGUGGCAUUUGCACAAAUUUCAAAGAGGUGGAAAAGAGAAAGGAAGUGAAAGGCUGGAGAAACAAGUUUUACUGAAGACCUGGCACGUAAAGGAUCAUCAUGCACGUUGGCCAACAUCUGCAGCAGUCUUAAACUUAAUAUUAUAUGAACUUAAACUCAAACUUGAUAUUAAAUUGAAAUAAGCUAAAAUUAUAUUAAA